ACCCCAACUAGUAUUUUGAUUUUUUCAUCGACCAUCAAAGACCUCACUCUCUCUCUAAACCGCCGCCGCCUCCAUUUUCUCUCCACCACCGCACCUCCCUCUUCUCUCAGUACGUCAACCUCUCACGCACCACCACCACCAUCUUCUUCGUUGCUCAUCCAUCAACAGUCCGCCUCCCCUCUACCAGCAAACCACUGCAGCAGCAACCUCCGGUGGCGUCAGCAACAACACGCACAGCUGCAACGGCGAACGCAGCAGCCUCCAACACCCUCUCCGUCUCUUCUUCUCCUAGACGCUGUUGCAACCAGCAGCUACCUUCAGCUGCAGCGAGCAACCAUAGCAGCUCCAACCAGCAGCGACUGCAGCAACGGCGAGCAGCGAAGGCGCGAAGCAACAGCUGCAACUGGCAGCAACCAACGCCGCCGUAUCCCUCGCUGGCCAGCAGCCCUCGACGAGUAGCGAACUCCAUACCGGCGAAGAAUAGCAACAACACUAAGAGAUUUAGCCUUCCCUUAAAGCCGCACCUGCCCUUGCUAUUUCCCUCUUUUCAGCGGCCACCUCCCUUCCAACAGCUCUACCUUCUCCGCCACCUGAAGCUCCAGUGUUUACCCGAAGUUUCUUUUCAGACCCCCUCCAGCAAUGGACACAGCAAACAUAAGGGAUAUUUGGACUUGUUUUAGUCCUUCGUUGGACUUCUUUGCUAUAAGUUCUGGUGAUGGCCGUAUCAAGAUAUGGGAUACUGUGAAGGGUCAGGUACAGACCGAGUUUGCAGAUAUUGUGUCAAUGGAGACAGAAAGCUUGUUUACUAAGCCAGGAGGUCAUCUUUUAAUGGAAUAUACUUGCAUGAAGUGGUUAUCAUGUGACAGAAAGAAAAAGAGGAAGCUUGGAACUUCAUUAUUGGUGUUAGGUACAGGAGGUGGUGAUGUUUUGGCUCUAGAUGUAUCUGCAGGUCAUCUGAAAUGGAGAUUUAGUGAUUGCCAUCCUGGCGGUGUCAACGCCAUCUCAUUCCCUUCACAUGGCUCGUUCAUUUACACUGCUGGUGCUGAUGGACUAGUUUGCAAAAUUGACUCCAUGUCGGGGAAUUUACUGCAUAAGUUUAAAGCUUCCACUAAAGCAAUAUCAUCUUUAUCCAUUUCAUCAGAUGGGAAAAUAUUAGCAAUAGCAACUUCUCAGUUGAAAAUUUUCAAUUGCUUGGAUGACAAAAAGCUCCAGAAAUUUUCAGGCCACCCUAGGUCUGUCCGGUGUAUGGUCUUCUCUGAAGAUGGGAGACAUGUUCUUUCUUCUGCUGUUGGUGACCGACAUGUAGCAGUUUGGAAGUUAGAUGGUAGCAAAAAGAAAUCAGCAUGCUGCUUGCUUGCAAUGGAUCACCCUGCUGUCUUUUUGGAUAGCUGCAACAUUAAAUCUGGAGCUGAAAAUGAUGCAGGCUUAGGUGUUUUGGCCAUUUCAGAAUUUGGUGUUUGCUACUUUUGGCAUGGAAAGAGCUUUGAGGAAUUGCACAAUAAGAAGCCCACAAAGAUAUGCACAUCUUUAGAUGAGAAAAUACUGAAGAAACAUAAAGAAGCUGUGCAUAGUAUUUUUUCAGCAAAAUUGCAAUCUAUCGGCACAUCUGGUUCCGGCCAUAUGUUUGUUGCAUAUGGCUUGUUGAUAAAACCAUCAUUUGAAAAAGUUAUGGUGCAGCCUGGGGAGGAUAUCAGAUUAAAAAGUUCACUUGACGGGAUCCUUCUUCCCUUCAGUCAAUCUCGCAAAUCUAACCAAGCAUCCAACACCAAGAGUCAGGUUACUGCUCUCGAUCGUGCAAAUGCAGAGGGUGCGUUACUUCCUUUGCCUAUGAUUCUUGAUCAGGGUGGCUUGGAGACUGGAAAUAAGCCCACAGUUAGCAAAGAUGUCAUUGGUAAACAAGGAGAAGAUGAGGUCACAAUUUGCAUGGAGGACCAGUUAAGAUCCUUGGGUAUAAUUAGCAGUGACUAUGAUCUCUCGCCUACCUUAAGUCUUGAUGCUAAGAUUUUGAAGAGAAUAAGUGUUGAUGCUAGUGCACCACAAAAGAAGAUGAAGGCAGCUGUUUUAUCCAUGGAACCGCAUGAUGCUUACAACUUUUUGAAAGCCUUGGUUGCUGCAUGGCAGUCCAGAUCAAGCUUGGGAACACAUGUUCUUCCAUGGAUAUGUUGUAUAUUGGUGAACCACAAUGAAUUUGUUACAUCACAGGAACAACUGACGCCCCUUCUGGAUUCCAUGAACAAGCUUACCAAGUCAAAGGUGGUAGCCCUUAACUCAUUAUUGCAGUUAUCUGGCCGUUUGCAACUCGUUAUGGCACAGAUCGAGAAGGCUGAUAAUAAGAAAGGUCCAGCAUCAACACUCGAGCGCCAGAUGAUUGAUAGUGAGGAUGAUGAGGUAGAUGAAGUUAUGUAUGGCAUAGAUGAAUCUCAGACGAGCAGUGAUGGGGAUGACUAGGACUUUUUGGUGAGUGAUGUCGUUUCAUAAAGCAGAAAGUUGAUGGUCAGGUGCUUUUAACAAGGGUAUCUAUAUGGUCAGUUUUGGUAGGGGUGUGCGCCUUGGGGCCUUAAAUGGCAAGUGCAAGGAGAUAUAAUUUAGGUUACUCUAUCUAGUUUGGCGUGGGUAUUGGGAUACAACCUCUCUACUCUCCUUCCAGACCCAUUCCUAAUUGUAUGCAUUAAGUUGAUAAAUCUGUUGUGUGAGGUUCUUCCUAGUAUUUUAUCCUACAUUGGUUUUGCUGUUAAAAGACCCAUAUUUACUCUUCUUUUUAAUGAGGUUCUUAAUUACUUUA